CGCUGUAGCGAUUAAAUACCAAAACAAAAAAAAAAACAAAAAAUAAUUGUUUAUUAACUAUACAAAGGAUGAGCGCUACAACGGAGGGAUCCUGGAUUAACGCGAUCUUUGAUGAAAUUGCUCUCGAGGGACUCGAGGGCGUCACACUGCCAGACCUGUGGCGUUUGCUGGCGGUGCGACUGGAGUUCGACCCUGCCCCACUGCCCGUCAGUUUCCGGGACCAGGUGUGGACCCUGCUGCUGCGCUCUUGUCCCGCCAAAGUACAAUUCUAUGAAUUGCCCUCGCCGCGACCGUUUUUGCCUCCCUACGAUCGCGCCAAUGAUCAGGAUCCGGAGCUGGGCGUUGCCAUUGUGGCGGAGCAGUGCCCCUAUCUGCUGUACCGUUGUACACACGUACAGGAGGGCAACAUAAUAGGCAGUUGUGAGAACUACAAGACACGCAAGCGUGUGGAGGCGGCACUAAUACGCUCUCAAACGGCCGCCCAGGCGACGGAGCACUGGGACCAGCGACUCGUGGCCGUGGCCUCACAGGAGCUGCGGCACACGGCGCUGACACCGAUCAACUUAAUGACGCCCAAGGACAUGACCGUGCAGCAAUACGUGUGCUUGGAGGCUAUAGGACGCUCUCGCUAUAAUGGACUGACGACCGUCGGUCCCUAUGGGCUCAUCAACUACUGCAAGGACGCCAGCGUCGUGUUCUACAUCAAGAACAAGCUGCUGUCCCUGCAACUGAUUGCCGCCCAGGUGUACAAUGAGCGGCACAAGGGACGCUUCACCAACUCAUCGCUGCUGAUGUUGCCACGUUUCUUUCGCGUAUACAAGAGCCACACACAGAAGAGCAUCGACCGGUUGUAUCUGGACAUUACACAGAGCAGCAGCGGCCACAUACCGAUGGUCGAGGUGCCCGAGCGACUGGGCCACAUCAGUCGCAAGCAGGUGAAGAAGCUUCUGCUGACCCACAACAUUCGAAAGUUCUUCGAGACAAGUCAUGUGCCGCGUGUCGCCCCAGAGGCAGCCAGCUCCAGCUCCAGCUCCAGUGGAAAAGCAACCAAGGAGCCAAAGCCAUCGAAGCGCAAACAGAUUGUGCUGAAGCUGAGGAAGCCCGGUCUGGCGUACGAGGAGCUAUACGAGCACGAUCAGGAGAUCAGGGAGGAAAAGCAGGAGACCGAGUUCCUCAAUCAUCGGCAUAGCUUUGUGGACAUGCCGCCGGAGCUGGAGUGCCAUCGGGCAAUUGCCAGAUUCGGCAAGCGUGGACUCACCGCCAGUGAGCUGUGCCAGUAUGUGGGCAUUGGCAUGCUGGCGAUACGCGGCUUCCUCAAGCAUCUGAUGAAGCACGAACAGGUCAAGGACUACACCGAGCAGGUGGGCCGAAUACGCGUCAUCCGGUACGUGGCCAAAGCCCAAGCUCCCGAAGUUGAACUCAAGAAGACCGAACUGAAGCAAACUCUACUGCAGCUGCAGUGCAAGGAUGAGCCGACCAUUCCUGAAAGCUCAGAGGGAAUCUUUCGCGACACGGUCGAGAUUGUGGCGAGCGUGAAUCCGUUUAGCUUCAAAAUGAAAGACGUUCGACUGGAGAGGCAAACGCAGCGGCACCUGCGCCGCAAGGAGCAAAUCGUGAAGCUGAUUGAUGGCAACUGCAUCGUUCAUCUGAUGACUGUGUCGAGCAGCAUCAAAAAGGAGGAGCACAAAGCCGGCUUCAAGGACAUACUGUGUCGGCGUUCGCUCUAUCGCGUCCUGCGCACCAUGAUCGACGCUGGCAUCGUAAAUGUGCACGAGGUGACGCUGCAGUAUGGGCAACGGCUGCGUCUAUAUCGCUUGGUCACGCAUCCCAAAAUCGACGCGGAUCAUGAGCUCAUCCGAAGGGAGAUUCUGCGAUUGAAGAGCCAAUUCCAUCUGAUGAGCGAGGAGCGGCUGCAGCGACCCUCACAACUGCCGCUAAAGGAACGCAAACAGUUGCUGCUCAGCAAGAAGCAGAAUGUGGGAAGGCAGAAGCAGCAGAAACCCAAGAUACCAGCGCCGAAGCUGCUGCUGGCGCGAACGCUGCACGAUUUCCUCUUUUACGUGAUCUACGAACUGCCCAAGGAACAGAAGCCACUGGAAAUGACAGCGGAGCUGGUGGAGCAGUGGCAGAAGAUGGAGCCUGCGCUAGAGACGCGUCAGUUUCUGGACGAGUGGCGAGCAGACGAGACGCCUGUGUUGCCCUACAACUCGGAGAUUAGCUGGCGCACAUUUAUACCCCCACUGCCCAGCUAUGUGGACAAGCCCCCAGGCUGGGUCUUCUUCAUGGAUGCCAUGGACCGCAUGCCGCUCUCCCUGCUCCUGCGCAUCUGUCGCAUUGAGCGCGAGGACAGCGCUGAGCGACUCCGCCUGCCGCUCAAACAUCCCAUUCGCCAGCACUAUCUGCUCGCCCAGCUUAAGCUGGAGAAUAUUGUCUCGCGUUCGCGCCUGCAGAAGCUGUACGCCCGCACGCUCUGCCUGCUCAACCACAUGGGACUGAUUCAGGUGAGCGAUCUGCACCUAGGUCGCGACUCUGUCCAUCGUUGGGUGUAUCUGAACAAGCGUGCGCGGCUCCUGGACACGACUGCCAGCAGCGAGCACAACUACCAGAAGGUCAGCGCUGAUCGAACCUACAUGGAGCUGCGCUUUGAGUUCCAGAACCGCGACCAACUCGCCCAGUACUGGGCCAAGCUGCAGCACAUUUGUGUCUACACCAAGCUGGGCUUUCGCAAGGAUAAGAAGAAGCCGGCGACACGCGUCAAGCCGCUGUCCUUCUUUGGUCCCGAACGUUUCGACCAGGCAGCGGAGCUGGACAAUGGCACGGUGCCGGGCGACCAGUUGGGCGCUGCUGGCCUCAGUUCACUGCUCUUUGCCCAUCAGUUCCGCAACUGGUCGUGGGUGCAGACGAAGCCGGGCAAGAGUGGAGCCGUCGCCGCAGCUGGAGCUCUGAAAACGCGGAAGCUGGGCGCACUGACACGCAUCAAGGUGACGCCCAAGCUGCCGAUACGCCGAACUGCUGGCGGCACUGGAAGCGGCGCCAAGGCACCGCGCAGGAAGUGCGGUCCACGGGACGACAUUGAUCGGGAUGCCAUGCGUAAUAUGCGCACAUUACGCGUACGAUGGCUACCCGAGGAGGAUCGCGUGCUCAAGAUGGGACGCGCCGUAUAUCUGUUCUUCGAUGCUCCUGUGAUGGCGUUUGCCCUCAACAAUGUGGGCCUCGUGUGCCGCGACAUUAUUCGUCGCUAUCUGGGCAUCUGCAACAAGACGACGCAGGCCUGUGUGCGUCGCCUGCAGUUUCUGAUGCGCAUGAAACGUGACGCACCGGAUGUGCCCAGCUGGAUAUACAUGAUGCAGACGCAGCCGCAAUUUAAUUCGAUCUACAACGAACGAUUCAUGAGCAGCCUGAGGCGAGAGUAUGCCACCAAAUCGGAGCAAAAUGAUGCACUGCUGGUGCACUUUGUGCUCGUGCUGAACAAGCUGCAUCAAACGAUCACAAACUCGCACGGCACUGUUCGGAAUCAGUUUAUGUUGCCCGACACGGUGGCUGAAUAUCGAAGCCAGUUGAGCGAGUGCAGCCGCUUGAACGAUGACCAGCAGGUGCUGUACAGCAAUCCCAGCACGGAGACGGAGCUGCAGGUGGCCAUUGCGCAUGGUGUGCUGCACAGUCAGGUGUGCUGUGCCCGGGACAAAACGCUGUUCAAUCUGCAAACCUUUGAGAUCUACAAACACUUCUCCGAGGAGGUGCUGAAUACCGCAUUCAACAAGGCCCGCGCGGACUCCCUGCUGGUGGCUGUGAAGCGGCGCAACAUUCAUGCCGCCUCCAAUCGACAGAUCUCGGGCCCAGCCCACGUGCUCAGCUCCAAGUACAAGUACCGAUUGACCUACUUGAAGCUGGCCCACACCGUGCUCGAUGGUUACUUUGAGUUUGAGCAGAAACUCAACCUGGAGAAGGAGGUGCACCUGCCAUCGCCACAUUUCGCGCAGCUGCUGCUCCUGGGCGAGUGGAUGGUCAAGGGUAAGCUGAGGCUGUCGCUGCAUUUGCCAGCGAACAUUCUGACCGUGGACACCACGAGCAUGUCCCGGCCGAGUGGCUCAUCGACCGACCGCAUUCUGGAUCACUACAGCUGCAUCCUGGACAAUGCCCCGCAGACGGAGUACUCGAAGCGGCUGGAGAGCGAGUGCAGCAGUCGUCAGGCGUCGCGGGUGCGCUUCCAUCCGGCCAAUCUGAGCUAUCGCAUUCAGUCUUGUCCGUACAUUCAGCUCUCGAAGCUGCCGCUGCGCGUCAUGCACUUCUUUUGUGCCUUGGACGCUUUGGGCGACUCGGUGACCAUCAGCAGCGCGCGGCUGGAGCAGGGCGACUGCCCCUUUGCCAACUGCAUCAUGCGCAGUGGCAACUAUCUCAAUGCUGUCGAACGGAUUGUCCAUGAGCAGCGAACGCUGCUGAAGCAGCUGGUGGCCGAUGCCCUGCCCCAGUCGCAGUUCCAGCUGGAAGCCCACUCGGCCGGCACGGCCCUGACGGUGAGUGUGUCCAACAUUCUGGCCCUGACGCAGCAGCUGGAGGCCUAUUGGCGGCAGCAACAGCAGAAGCUGGAAUGCAAGGAUCUGGGCAAGCUGCUGUCGGAGAAGACUCUCCACAAGCUGACCGACUGGCGAGCGCUAUGCUCGGAGCUGAUUGACUACGAGGCGCACAUCUGGGAGGCAGAACGCUCGCAGGAAUUCGAACCGGCCAUGAACAAGGAGGAGCGCGCACGAGUGCAAGACGUAUUCGUGGUUCAUCUGCCGGCCAUUGGCAUGCACGCGGCACAGCAAGAGGAUCUACAGCAGGCCAAACAGUCAGCGGAUAGCCUGCGUACCGCUGUGCUGGCAAAGGUGCUCAAGGCCACGUAUUGGCACUACACGGAGAAAACCUUUGAGACGCUUCUGCCAGCAUUGAAGGAGAGGAACUACGAUUCCAAUGCCAUCCGACACAUGGAGGACAUUCUCAACUACAUUGAGCGACAGCCAUUGGGUGUACCGGCGAUGGAGCUGCGAGAGACUUUUCCACUGGGGGACUUCCUGCUGGAGGCGCUGCAUGUGCUCGAAGACCACGAACUAAUCAAGCGGGUGGGCGUGGCCAGUCACAUGUACGUGCACAAGCGUUACAUACGCAACUGGGUAGUGCACACGUUCCACAUCAAGCGGUUGGAGCGGGAAAGGGUGCAGACUCAGGUGGCGGCCGCACCUGGCACAAUGCAGGCAGUCAUUGGCCAAAAGCGCAAAGAGGAGGAGCAGCAUACGACAGAGGAGGCGAGUCCCCCAUCGAAAAAGAUCAAACUGUCAGAGCCCAACAGCAGCGACUCUGAAAGUGAUGAACUGGCAGCAGAAUCUGUGCCCAAGAGACCCAGAAGAACCACCAAGAAGGAUCCACCCUUUGUGAACGCUCUGCGAAAUGAAGCAUCGCACGAUGCAAUUGUGAUGCGACCGCAGCCAUGGAUACGGUUGAAUGCCUCGCUCAAUCGUCGCGUGCUGGAUCGCUGGAUGGGCGCCGUGCUCAGCGAGUGCAUUUCCCGCAUGGGCUGCACCGUCCACAGUUUGUUUCUACGUUUUCCGUAUCUCGUGCCCGUGGACGUGAUGUUUCUGCUUGAGCUGCUAACCGAUUUAGGUUGCCUCCACUUGAUGGAGCUGCAAACGCACAAAGUUCACGUGGAGACCACGCAGGAUGAGCAGUGCGGGGAGCAGCCAGUCACCGAACUGUAUGAGCCCAAGCUCACCUAUAUUAUUGUUCGUGGCGAUGCUAUCGGACGCCUCACCAGCUUCAUUGGACGCAAAAAGUAUAGCACCGAAUUCAUGUGAGUUUAAGCUACGAUCUUUGUCCCUUUUUGGGCACUCAAUAAAGUUGAUCCACAGAAAUAACUUUUAAAA